AUGAAAUUAAACACAAGCACAUCGAGUGCACCAUUCAUUCCCCAAAGACCAGUUAGUUAGAAUUCCUCAUUCGUUUAAGGUAGAAUGCAGACACCUCCAAGAGUCGCGCGGUUUGCUGAUACAUCACCGCAUGCAUCUUUCGAAUUCGAAGAUUUGAAUUCACUAUCACUUGAGGAAAUCAAUAGAGAAUUAGAUUAGAAUAGUAUGUUUAUUUUUAAGUAGUUAAUGAGGUGAUCAUGUUGCUUAAUAGGAGAAAAAGUUUAAUUUUAAAUAAGAAGAGAAGACUCAAGGAGGAAUUUUCAAACAAAAUUGCAGAACUAAAACGUUAUCAAUAGGAGGAUUACAUUCAGGAUUUACAAAGAAUAGAAGAUCCAUUGAUAUAAUCCCUCAUGCAAUAGAAAAGCUUACCUAAAAUGCAAAAGUUGUUAGGGAAUGUAAUGAGAGAUCAAUAAGAUCGUAAAGUUAUGGAAUUGAGUAAAUCAUAGGAAUUUUGGUAACACAACAAGAAUGUUGAAACAGAAAUAGACAAUCUACUCAAAAAGUUGAAGUAUUUUGAUAAUGAACUAGAAAAGGACAAUAAUGAAAUCUAUGAAAUUUGUAGACAAUUAGAUACAAUAGAUGAUAGCAUUAGAGACUUGCUUAUUACCAAGGUUGAUGACAACGUCUAAAGAGCAGAACCUUUAUUUGCAAAUAAAUAGCGACAGUAAUCAAUCCUUAAUGGGAAGUUGAACCAAAGAAAUAAAUUGAAGGAUGAGAAAAUGAACUUAAUAUAUAAAAUUAUAGAAGAAUUGCAAAGAUUGAGAGGAUUAAGGUAGGAGAGGAUCAAUAAACUAAAUGUUGUAUUUGGAGAUGAAGAAAAUAUAUAAAAUUAGAAUUACUAAGGAUUGCAAAAUGUUUAGGGUUCACAAUAGAAUUUAGACUAACCAUAACCAUCAAAACUAUAGGCUUAUAUGGACUUUAUGGAAUAAUUUGAUAAUAUUGCAUUGAUGAGGGAUCAAAUAUCUAAAUUAGAGUAAGCUGAACAGGCAUUAUUAAAUGAUUUGGAUAAAUUGUAUAGAGAGAGUGACCAAGUUUUCAGUGAAUUAAUUAGAAGAAUUUCAGAGGAAGCCAAAACAUUCAAUGAAUGGACAGAAAAUCUGAAAAGAAGAAUUAGAUAUAUAAAAGCAAAUGAAUAUUUCUUCUCAUAAACCAAUUUGCCUGAACAGUCGAAUGGGUUAGGCAAUUCUUUGCAAUUAGAUUUGAAGGAGGUAAGUAGAAAAUUUAAAGAAAACAUGAACUAUCUGAAACCGUUAAUUGAAGAAGAUGCCACAAUAAGAGCAGGCUUAGAAAAAACUGGAAGCACCAUUUAGUAAUUCAAGAAUAUGAUUUUGUAUCUAUAUAUUUGUUAUUUAAUUUAUUAGGGCUAUUUAAAAUGAGAAGGAGAGAAGAAGAGAGUUGCUUUAAAUUUUAGAGAAUUGUGCGAGAUUAAGAUAAGAGGAAGAUAUGUACUUUAACAGACGUUAUUUAUAGGAAAACUGAAUAAUUGAGGAAUAUAGAAUUGGAAAUAAAUAAGAAAUUACAGUAGAAACGCAACUUAGAGGAAGACUUAGAUGGUGUAUUGGGAGAUGCUGAUUUGAACACAUUCAAGAAGAUCGGUAUUACAAUAUGAAUUGAACUUAGAAUCUUUAUUACAUGAUUUCGAUUAAGAGCUGGGUCAUUUGAAUAAUUAAAAACGAAAAAUAAUGAAAGAAAUUGAAGAAAUUAAUUAAUCUGUUAUCAGUCUAUUAGCAAGAAUAAAAAGUGAUUAUGAUGAUAUACUAAGAGAAAUACUACCAAAAGAUUGGACUAAUACCUAUGAUUUAAAAAAAAUCACUGAUUUAAAAAGAAUGAAGAAUUACUUAAAAAAAACUUUCAAACGCUUUGGUAUAAUGUCAGAUUGA